AUGUCCAGAUUUGCGGCGGCGGGCCUCGUGGCCUUCGAUUCCAUCAAGUCUAAAGCAUCGCAAAAGUUUGCUGGAUUUAGAAGAAGCAAUGCCGGCUACGAGGAAUUCGAAAUGCCCCGGGAGGGUAGCAAAGACAAUAAAGGGUUCGAAGAUGAAAGAGGAUACAGUAGACAAGCGUCUUUUGAAUCGCUUCCGGAACCUGAAAGACCACCAUUGCGUCACAUCGAUACGUAUUGUAAACCAGAAUGUCCCUGCCUAUCAAAAAGAUACACCAUUGCAACGUUGGCCUGUAUAGGAUUCAUAAUUUCGUUCGGCAUGAGGUGUAACAUGGGCAUGGCGAAAAUGGUCAUGAAGAAUACCACCGAAGGAGAUAAUCACACUCUGAUGUUCAAUUGGACAGUAGGUACAGAGAGUGCUCUAGAUUCGUCCUUCUUUUGGGGUUAUCUAGUAACCCAAGUACCAGGAGGAUUCUUCGCUUCUCUGUACCCUGCGAACAAGAUAUUCGGAGCUGCCAUCGCCGUAUCUUCGUUCUUAAAUUUACUGGUACCUGGUGCUUUGAAAGUCGACCCCAUUGUUGAUAUGUUUGUGCAAGUCUUGAAAGGAUUGGUGGAGGGUGUCACGUAUCCGGCGUGUCACGGUAUUUGGAAAUAUUGGGCGCCACCCUUGGAGAGAUCACGUUUAGCCACACUGGCAUUUUGUGGCUCCUAUGCUGCAAUGGUUAUAGGAAUGCCACUUUCAGGUUGUUUAACCUCAGUAUUCGGCUGGACGGCGUCCUUUUAUUUCUAUGGUAUGUGUGGAUUGGUUUGGUACUGUUUUUGGCUAUGGUUAGCCUUUGAAAAACCAUCCAAACAUCCUUGCAUUUCUGCACGGGAGCUUCGUUACAUCGAAGACUCUCUCGGCCAAGGACAAGCUCAAAUACCAAUUCCAACAUUUUCAACAACGCCGUGGCGUAAGUUCUUUACGUCGAUGCCGGUUCACGCCAUAAUCGUGGCCAACUUCUGCAGAUCCUGGAACUUUUAUCUACUAGUGCUCUUCCAAGCUCGUUUUAUGCACGAAGCCUUCGGCAUGCCUCUAGUGGAAACGGGUGUAAUUGGUUCUCUUCCACACUUGCUGAUGACGAUGAUCGUGCCUUGCGGAGGAUUACUAGCUGACUACCUACGAAAACGUGAAAUAUUAUCGACGACGAACGUCAGAAAACUGUUUAAUUGUGGUGGUUUCGGCAUGGAGGCAAUCUUCUUCCUGGUGGUAGCCAACGCGACCACCCAUAGAAAUGGUACAGCUGCGAUCGUUGCUCUUGCAUUUGGUGUUGCUUGCAGUGGCUUUGCCAUUUCCGGUUUCAAUGUUAACCAUCUCGACAUCGCACCCAGAUAUGCAAGUAUUUUGAUGGGAAUGUCUAAUGGAGUCGGUACGAUAGCAGGACUUUUGGUACCAUUUUUCGUGGAUAAUAUUACGGAGAAGAAGGAUGCACAAAGUUGGAAGAACGUCUUUAUUAUAGCAGCUUGUGUACACAUAUUUGGUGUAACAUUUUAUGCGAUAUUUUGUUCCGGAGAAUUACAACCGUGGGCUGAUCCAGUUGCAGAAGAGCAAAAGAGUUGGAACGCUUUGGAUGAAUUUGGACAAACGAAACCAGCAGUUCCGCCGCCGCCAAAUACCAUGCAAUCUGAAUUUAUUAAACAACCAUCCAUGGGUGGAGGUGAAACGGACGACUGGAACAAUUACGAGCAACCUCCCGCGGACAAUAUGUACGUCCAACAAGAAAAAGCACCCGUAAUAAGUUACGGGUCGACGGAAACCAACGCCAGCAAUCCUUUCCAUUCGACGAACCCCUUCGUUACCGACAUAAACGCGUCUCUGGUACAACCACCAGCAACGAACGACUAUACGUACGAUGUUACACAGCAAAAUCAGCAAUGGAAUUAAAUUCAUCGAGAAGAAGAAGAAGAAGAAAAGAAAGAUGAAGAAGAAGAAGACGAAGAAGAAGAAAGAAGAGUAAAUCCAACAAGCGUAAGGAAAUCUUCUGUUCAAGGUGACUGAUUCUUUAAUUUUAAAGCUGCUUCUGGUACUCAUUCGACCUGCUUAGCUAAUAUUCUAAUCUAUUUCUUAAUCUUAAAUCAUAGAAUUUCAUUUCUUGGUUCAGUUUAUCUCAGUAAAGGGAUCAGAUACUCAGGAAGAAAUUCUUAUAGCAAUCUUUGAUAUUUUCAGUCAUAGUAAUUAAUCAAUGAAUGCAGUAUCAGAAACACGUUGAAAGGAUUAUUCAGAACCUCCAAAUAAUUGAAAUUAGUACACAUUGCAAGGGAUGAAAUUUUCUUUAUUGCAAUACCUAAGAGUGCAGGGUAUAGUGCUGUAAGUCGACAAUUACAUAAAUUAAAAUUAA